AUGGCGUUCACGCUCGAAAUCUUCGCACGUAAAAUAGAUGAUGUUCUCUCCCAAUUCAAGUCUUUAUCAGGUCAUAUCGGCGGUGCGGAAAGUUCUAUAAACGGCCACAAAUGCGGCAUGGUACGGCAGACUAUUUCAUGGUUCCAGGCCUCCCGGUGGCGAACUCUCUACCACCCACGUCACAGCAAAGACGACCCAGGAGCAGCUUGGUACGCGGACCCGCUCUCUCAGGAAGAGAGCCAACGGGAAUGGGAUGCGUAUGGUGAGGUCCACCGUCGGAUCCUAAGUGAUUUUGAAGCUGGUAGGGACAAAGUGCGUGCUCCGAGGAUCGGGGCUGGAUAUGUUGCGCAGGGACUGAUUGCGAAUCGUUAUGACAGAAGUAUCGGUUUGAAGGCGCGAUGA